UAGCGUGCAAUCUUGGACAGUAGUGCACUGGGGCAAUGUUGUAGUUUGCAGGAGCUGCCUGGAGCAGGACGUGAAGUGAGCGUCUCGCUUUGCUUCCUGCCCGACGCCUUGCCGUGUCUUUUUUUUUUGCUAAAACAAAACUCGGCAUGGUUCAGCGAAACUAACCAGCCGCCCCGGUGCUGUUGGAGAUCCGAAGGGGCUCACCGUGAUGCUUGAUUGGGCCAAGGAGUGAAACACAUUCCUGGAGGAGCUGAGGGCUCUUAAGCUUAUGAGAAACCAGCCUGCUCACACCAUGCCCGUCAAGAUGGCCUCCAGCUUUUCUUGCCCUCACUGGAAUGACUUGGUACAAGGAUGUGUUUUGCCAUGGUAAUCAUUUACAAGAAAACACUGGAAAAGAAGGGUGCCGAUGAUGUAACAUCCAAAAGUACAGACUUGGGCCUGUUCCAGGCACAGACCAUGAGCCAGGGGACUGCACUUUUCUCUUGUGGACUCAUGGAGACAAGUCGGUGGCAUGAGAUGGGUAAUAGUUGUGCCAUACAGCAGAGGCCAGUUGGGACCAGCCUGGAGAGCCUGUGGGACGUCCUGCCUGAGGUUCACAAGAGUUCAGCCCACUGGGAUUGGGAUGUUGGCUCCACUUCAAGCACAAUCACCAGCUUGUUGCAGGACCUUAGCCUGACAGAGGCUGCGUCCUCGCACUCGACCGCCCCCCCCAGCAAGCGGCAGUGCCGGUCCCUAUCUUGCUCAGACGAGCUCGGUGGUUGCCGUUCUACCUGGCGCCCUCAGAGCUCCCGUGUGUGGACAACUGUGGAGAAGAGGAGGUGCCACAGUGGAGGCAGCGUCCAGCGCAGCGGCGUUGGGAACUCGCAGCUCGGCUUUCCAGCCAUGCAGCGUAGCUCCAGCUUCAGCCUGCCUGCCCGCUCCAACACCCUGGAGCUGCCCUGCUUCACCCAGCGUCUCCCCUGCCCCUCAGCUUUCACUGGUCUAACACCCUCCUCCUCCAUGCCCCUGUCCUCCGAGCCCUCAGCGCCGCCCCUCUACCUCUCUCAUGAACAGAUCUGCCUCCCUGAGCCCCGUGGACCCUCUCCACCCAGCUCCCCUGACUCCACUCCAGAGCUGGAGCGUCGUGGUGGACAGGGUGGUCUCGCCCGCAGUCGCUCACAGCCGUGCGUCCUCAACGACAAGAAGAUCGGUGUGAAGCGCAGGAGACCAGCUGACACACACAAACAGAGGCCUUCAUUGGAUCUGGCAAAGAUGACCCAGAAACUUCGGAAUUUCCACAGCCUUAGCUGCCCUGGAAUCACAGGCGAAGACAGCUGCGAGUCCAGCCAGGCCCUCCCCACCCUCACGAGCAACGCUCAGUGCAACACUGACGACUCAUCUGCAAAUGAACACGUCUUGGAGGACGUUCAGCCUCAGACCAAAGAGGGCGAGAUCACCAGGAACGAGUCGUCAGACCCCACAAUUGAGGAGGUGGACUGGAACUCCACAGACUGCGGCGAUGUAACACCAGAGACGACGAAUGGGAAGGAAAAUGAGUCUCUGUGGGUGGGGCUGUGUAGCAUGAGGAAGGACGUGUACCAGCUCGGAGGCGAGCUCGACAUAGAACAAAUUGAGAGGAACUGAGCUGGACUGCCUUCCUCUUGGGGGAAGCUAAUUUAGGGGACUGAAUGUUUAUCACCAGGUGGUACAAUAAACAGUACUGAUAGUCUUAAGGACAAAGCAAGUGGAAA